GGCCGCCUCUCUCGCAGUGCAUCCUCUUCCUCGUUCCUCUGUGCUUCCAAUUCAACAGCAACAGCAGAAGCAACAGCAACAACAACAGCAGAAGAAACAACAACAACAACCGAAAGUAAUUCCCCGUCACUUAGGCCCUUAUCAUCAUGGAAACGCUCCAGGCCCUGGAGCCUCACCGCCUGCUCAACGUGCCACCAACAAUCUACUACGUGCCGGACUUCUUGUCGCACGGCGAGGAGGAGAUGCUGCUGAGAGAGGUGUACAAAGCGCCCAAGACCAAAUGGACGCAGCUGUCUGGACGUCGACUGCAGAAUUGGGGGGGCCUGCCGGACCCACGGGGGAUGCUCACGUCCCCUCUGCCUCCCUGGCUCGCCCGCCCGGCCUCGCGCCUCUCUUCCCUCGGCCUCUUUGACGGUCGCCAGGCCAACCACGUGCUGGUUAACGAGUACCGCCCGGGCGAGGGCAUCAUGCCUCAUGAGGACGGGCCGCUCUACUACCCCACCGUGACGACGCUCAGCCUGGGCUCCCAUUCCGUGCUUGACUUCUACCCCACCGUGCGCUCCACUCAGGAGCCCGACGGUGACCCCGAGUGCCCGACCGCUCGCUCGCCCGUGUUCAGUCUGCUGCUCGACCGCCGCAGCCUGCUGGUGCUGCGCAACUCGGCCUACACGGAACUGCUGCACGGGAUUAAACCUGUCAUGGCCGACGACGUCGCCACCACCGCCGCCGGCGCCGCCAACCUCGCGCUGGUGCCGUGGGCAAGCGCCGGGGCCGGUGGGGAGGCGGCGGUGUGGCCGGCCCCGCGCGGGACGCGGGUAUCGCUCACUAUCCGUCACGUGCCUCGCACCGUGCGCGCACCCGUCGUGCUGACGGGGAGGAGGUGACGGAGGAGGAGGUGGAGGAGCUGACAGAGGAGGAUACGGAGGCGACGGAGCUCCACAUCCUCCUGUACCGCAUCUGCCCAUCUCUUCUCCGGCCCGUGCCGCUCCCGUUUCGCCCCUUCUAUCCAGCCAAACAGAAUUCUGCUUGGCCAUGCGGUGGCUGGG